CAUCCCCUGGCGCAGCCUCAUUGUCAACAACGACCCGGCAUCGUCACCAAUCCACGCCGCCCACGGCCUGCACUGCAGCGUCACAACGUUCUGACUCCGGCACGAUGCGCCCUCGUCCCUUCAGCAGCCUCUUAUAAUGCCCGACUUCAAACCAGGCCAGACGGUCCAGCUCAGCGAUGGCCGCAAAGGCAUCGUCCGCUUCGCCGGCCAAACCCACUUCCAGGUGGGAGAAUGGGUCGGCGUCGAGCUCGAGGACAAGACCGGGAAGAACGACGGCAGCGUCCAAGGCGAGCGCUACUUCGACUGUCCCAUGGGCUAUGGCAUGUUCGUUAAGCCCAUGAUGGUGACCAUUCUUGCUCAGCCACCCAGUGCAAAGCCUCCCGCGGCGCGGAAGCCAGCACGUCCGAGCAGCCUCAAUCCCGUGUCCGGCAGGACAUCGGCCGCUGCCGGAGACGUGGCCUCGACAAAGCGCCGGAGCAUCAACGCGCCAAGUCCGAGCCCGGGGCCUAAGAUGUCUCGUCCGACGAGCGCCAUUAGGUCUCCUGCAAAAUCUCCCACCAAGCAGCUGAGCGGCCCCUCCAGCUCUUCAGCAUCGCGAACGGGCACACCCUCGAACGCUCGCGUUUCGUCCGUCGGAAGUAAGCCACGAACUUCAAUAAGCGGACAGCGGACCUCAAUGGGCCCACCGGCACUUCCCUCAACUCGAACUGCGCGACAGUCCUCCAUAUCCUCUGUGACUUCGAGAGCCAGCACCGUGACUGCGCGGAUGUCGACCGGCCGAGCGUUGCCGGGAGGUGUACGCGCACUCUCCCAACCCAACGCUGCUCGCCGUCCAUCUGCCGAUUCCCAAGCUGGACGGGAUAGCAGCUCGGCCGACGACACCACGCCAGUGUCGCCUGUGAGGGGUACUGCACCUAUCAUUGCACCACAGCCAACCAGCCCGGCUCGGGGGAGGGCAAAUGCGCUCGAGAAGAUGGCCGCCGCAACAUCACCCGGGACAUCUGCUACACCACCUCCGAAGAGGCCGGCUGCACCGGCACCGGCGUCUCGAACCCCAGGCACGACCGCAGCAAGCCGAGAGAUAGAGGACUUGAAGGCCAAGCUUCGAGUCCUCGAGCGAAAACGAAUCGAAGAUCGUGACAAGCUUCAGCAGCUCGACAAGGUUCAGGGGGAACGCGACAAGUUUGAGACCAUCAUCCAGAAGCUCCAGCAAAAGUAUCAGCCGCAGCAGCAAGAGAAUGCCGAGCUAAGGAAACAGCUCAAGGAGGCCGAGGCCCGAUUUGAAUCUGUGGAAGCUAUGCAGGCCGAGCAUGACUCUGCACUAGAACUCGCCGCUCUGGACCGAGAGAUGGCAGAAGAGACGGCCGAAGUCCUGAAAAUGGAGCUCGAGACCCUCAAGCAAAAGACUGAGGAGCUUGAGCUGGAAGUCGAGAUUCUGCGCGAAGAGAACACCGAGUACAGCAAAGGCAUGACGCCCGAGGAACGCGCCAGCACCGGUUGGCUGCAGAUGGAACGUACCAACGAACGACUGCGUGACGCCUUAUUGAGGCUCCGUGACAUAACCCAAGAACAAGAAGAGGGACUUCGGGAUCAGAUCGCUGGACUGGAGGAUGAGUUGAAACAGUUCAACGCCGUAAAGGCUGAGAAUGCAAAGACCAAAGAAAAGCUGGACAAAUCCGAGGCUGCGGUUGAUGAUCUCCGCCAGCAGCUUGACAACGCCCUCGGCGCCGAAGACAUGAUUGAGGACCUCACGGACCGCAACAUGAGCAUGUCGGAGCAGAUCGAGGAGCUCAAGGCUGUCAUCGACGAUCUGGAGAACCUUAAAGAGAUCAACGACGAGCUGGAAGCCAACCAUGUCCAGAACGAAAAAGAGAUGCAAGAAGACCUCGACUUCAAGGACAGCGUCAUUGCAGAGCAGGCACGCCGGGCCGCCCAACAAGAAGAGGCUUUCGAGGACAUGGAGUACACCCUAUCUAGAUUCCGCGAGCUCGUCACCAGCUUGCAAGGUGACCUGGAGGACAUGCGGGCCUCUCAGGCAGUCACGGAGGGUGAAUCAGAGAAGCUCAAUGACCGCUCGAGAGCCAUGAUGGAUCUCAACAUGAAGCUUCAGCUUUCCGCUGCCAAGGCACAAGUCAAGACGAUUGAUUUGGAGCUUCGCCGGCUAGAAGCGGAGGAAGCAGGCAAACAUCUCGAGAUUGUUAGGCUCUUCUUGCCCGACACCUACGUGGAAGACCAAGACUCGGUUCUUGCGCUGUUGCGAUUCCGCAGACUUGCGUUCAAGGCCAACCUCCUGAACGGUUUCAUCCGGGAGCGUGUCAGCGGCCAGCCCCACCCCGGUCAUGAGGAUGAUGUCUUUGCUGGCUGCGAUGCUGUUGACAAGCUGGUAUGGGUGUCCGCCAUGUGCGACCGCUUCGUCAACGACAUAAGCCACUGCUCGAUGGAGCGGUUCUCAAAGUACCAGAAUGCCCUACACGAGCUCGAGCCCGUGGAGCGGGCGCUGAAUGUCUGGAUUGACGGACUACGACGAGACGACCUGAAAGAGAAGACUUGCGCAGACGAAUUGCACCGCACCGUGGCUCUCAUGUCGCAUCUCGCCGAGGUUCACAUCUCUAGUGGGCUGUCCAACUUUGCUGACGAGGUUCACAUGCGGUCGCUGGUUGUUCAAAGUCACCUUGAAUCCGCGGCCGUGACAUUCAACACCACGAAGCUCAUGGUGCAGCGCGUGCUACCGGCAGAGGGUCAGGAGGCCGACAACUACAAGCUUGGCCACGAUUUCGCCAAGCAGUUCGACUUGAUCAUUACGCAGACCAGGAGCACCAAGGUGAUUGCCGGCAAAGCGGUGCGAGCCUUGGAGGAUCUCAAGACGCGGUCAUUGUCGCUUUCGCCAGACACGAGAGAGGCCUUUGAACAAUGCGAGAGUGGCAGUCUCGAGCUGGCUGCGCUGGCGCGAAAAAUUGGCAACAGCGUCCACAAGCUCUUCACACAGGAUGAGGGCCGCAAUGAGCCCUUUACGCACGAAGAGGUCCAGGAUGUCAUUCAAGCCGCUGCCACGGAGACGGGGGCGGUCAUGGAGACGGACUCGAUAUCGCACUACCUGUCCAAGCUCCGCGCGGUCAACAGUCAGGUCACUGACCUGGCCGGGCUGGCUACGGAUCUGGAGCAGUCACAAGAGUUUGACAUGAACCCUGCUCCCUGGCGUCUCCGAUCGCAAGAACUCAAGGCGCUCAAGACGGUGCCCGUGGACGCAGAGGAAGAGUUGCGACGACUCAAGGAGGAGCAUAACGAGGCCCGCCGCACAAUUGCGCAGCGUGAUGAGCACCUCAGUACCGCUGUGCUUAAAAUUGAGACGCUGGAAUCGCGCAUGCGAGAUGCGCAAGCUAACGUCGAUCGCAUCACGAAUUUGCAGAAGCAGCUCGAGGCGUCGGGCGAGCAAGUCACGAGUCUGAAGGAAGACAUCGAGAAGCAAGACCGGGAGCUCAAGAACCUCGAGUCGGAGCGCGACAAGUGGAAGAAGAUUGCGAGCGACAGCCGGGCGUAUGCCGACGGCGCGGAUGCAGCAGGGAUGAAGGCCGGGCAGGAACGUGCAGUUGCAACGGCUCGGGAGAUGGACGCCUUGAAGAGGGACAUUGAGAGCCUGCAAUCUGCCGUGCGGUACCUGCGUGAGGACAGCCGACGUGCUCGCACCAAGGAACAGCAGGGCUACGACUGGCUGGCCGAACCUCUGGUGAAGCCGGCGGGCCUCGCGGAGCAGCGGAAGAAGCUGCUCCAGACCGAAGGCAAAGACGUACUCGGCGAGCUGAUCAAGGUGGCGACGUCGGCGACGCUCUUUGACUUUUCGGCGCUGCCAAAGGACAAACUCGCGUGGCGACCGGCCAAGACGACGCCGCAGUACCACGCCGCAAGGCAGAUGGAGGACUACGCCGCGCUGUCUUCGUGGCAAGACGCCGUGGUCAAGAAGUCGGCCGCGCUUCGCAAGGACGACGGUCCGAGACGGCAUGUUGGCAACCCGGCGGCACAGUUGCAGAUUAGGCUGCCGCGCGGCGACGGCAAGACGAUGAUGGCCGGCAUGGGCAUCGGAAGAGAUGGCGUGCAGGUUGUGGGAUCGCGCGAGUGGGAGGCGCUGCAGGGGAGCAGGAUCGCCGCCGUAUGAGAUGGGGUACUGCGCAUGACGAAGGCAAGGAUUGAUACCCAGCGGACCGAGAGGUCUCGUAGACAAGAUGCGAGGCGUACAUUGCGUUUAUACUUGUAUAUAUAGAUGUAUUGCACCGGAU